AUGGACGAAAUUUUAACAAAAGUUGCACUUCAUACAGCGACCUUUGUCGGAAAAGCGGCUUUCGCAUAUAGCACAAACUAUGCUAUGAAACAAGUAACAAAUUAUAUAAAACAUGAUUCUGCUACUAGUAAAAUUGACACGGGGGAACUUGAACAUGUGAAAACGAGCCUUGAUGCAAACAUACGCAUCGUUCAACCUUCAAUUGAUCUAAUUGAGAUCAUUAGUGCACGUGGCAAUACCUUUAUUGAACCAGCCGUUGCUCAAGCCGUUCAAUUGCGCAAGGAAAUCGAUGCAUUUGCCCGAAUGGUUUCAAUGGAGGAUACUUCAAAAGUAAUCGAUCAUACAAAAGUCCUUAACAAUAUGAAAGCUCUUAAUGACAAGAUAAGGGAAUUUGUACCAUAUCUAAGCCUUGUGCUCACGACUAGUGGUGCAAAUUUGGGUGUAUCACUUCGAAAUCAUGUUAGUCCUUCGCUUUUAUUACAAGCUUCCGCGGCUUUAAAUGAGACACACAAGAAAUUUACCAGGGAAAAACUACAAAAAAUACAUGUUGGCCCCUUGUUUAAAUUGCGACUUUAUUACUUGUUCGCUGGAAACUUUCGCCCGAAAACUGUUGGUGACUUUACGUGGAAAGAAGAAUAUACUAAAUGUGACGGAGAAAUUGUUAGAGUACGUCAAAAUAAGUCGGAAGAAAAGAAACAAUUUCUUUAUGAAUUAAUCUUAACGGAAGACUUGAAUGAUGGAAGAUAUCAUGAAGAAUUUGAUAUUAAUGAAGAGACUCGUGCGAAACUGGAGAAUAAUGAGAAAAUUCCUGGUAAAGUACUUCGGAUCCCAAUCAGUGAAAUUUCUCGACUAUUUUACAAUUCUUCAGGGUCAAUGUUAAAUAUAGAGGAUUCCAGAACUCCAGUACUGGUAUUAAAAGUGGUUAAAGGACUAUACAAAAAGGAUAGAUAUAAUCAAGACACAUCCAAUAAUAAUCAAGAAUUAGAGUCUGAGAAUAACGAUCAAUUAUAUAUUCCUCCGGUAGCUGUUACUCCCGACAAACAUAAAUUUGAAUCAAACGAGACAACUAAAAUAGAAUGCUAUGGAUUAGAGUUAUAUCAAGAACCUGAAUUCUCUUUUGAGGAAGAAGAUGAAGUGGAUUCACAAGCUAGCGACAGUGACGAAGAACCAUAUCUUGGUAUGGCUAUGAAUACACCACUUCCGUCAAGUGACGGAGAUAUUUCCAGCGAUGUUACGAUAAGCGAAGAUGAAACAAUAAGUGAUACAGAAAGAAAUGGUGAAGAUCAUAAGCAGAGCUUAACUGAACUUCAAGUCGAUCAAAAAAUCACUUCUGAGAAGAAAGAAUCUGAUUCUUUCCCGAUUGAAAAUAAAAUAGUUUCUACUGAUGAUUAUUAUCGUAGCACUAUAAAUACUCUUAGUUUCCUCGAAUAUAUAAUACGAUUGAGUGCAUUAGAAAUGUCUGAGCAAAAACAACACACUGAAGUAAAUGAUGAAAAAAUAAAUUUAUUCUUGAAAGACGACGAUUCCUCUUCUGCUUCUGGUGGAGUAAACGCAGUUAAUGCCACAUCCACAUCCGAUUCAUCAACAUCCCCUAAUUCACCUAAGCGAAAGUCACCAACGAAUCAACGGUCUUCCCCAAAAAACCGUUCUCCAAAAAUCAUUAGGAAUCAAUUACUGGCGUCCGAAUUUCAGACGCCUUUCUCUUCGCCUUCACCUAGAUAUAAUAAUGAGUCAACAAUAAGUACAAUGGAUAAAUUUCCGGAAAAUCUCAAUUCCCCCUCUAAAGGCUCAUAUCUAACGCACACAUCAAACACUACACCAAAAUUUACCCCAUUUGGUCGUAUAGCAAAACCAUUACGAGGUGUUUCAUAUACGCCGAACAAAGAUAUUAGUCAAGUCUCAGCAAGUACAACUCCCAAUUUCACACCGACAUCAUCAUUUGGUCGUAUAGCGAAACCAUUAAGAGGUACACCUACGAACAGAGUAUUAUUUCCAUUUAAAAAUAAAGACAUGGACGAUGAUGCUGAUGGCGAUGAUGAAAACAGUUCUGCAAGUGAGCUAACAAAAAGUGAGCGUAUUUUGGGUCACCAAUUAGCCAAUUUGAAUAUUAAAGAUUCCAAUGAACUUUCUAGUAACAAAGAAUAG